ACAAAGCUCUUGACAUAUCAUAUUUCAUAUAUUAGAUUCAAGUGGGUUAUGAACUCCCAUUUUUACCCCAAAUACAGAUUGCAGAAUCACAUCAGUUACACAUCCACAUUUCUGUUUGAGUCUUUAGUGAAGUCUUGUAAAGAAAUCAAAUUCCAUUUUAUACAUUUAAAAGUGUGAAAUAAAAAGAAAAAUGAAAUUAUGUCAUUUGAAGGAAAAUGGGUGAACCUAGAGACCAUUAUAUUAAAUAAGUCAAAAUCAGAAGGUUAAGGGUCCUGUGUUUUCUCUAAUAUGCAGAAGCUAGAAAAGAAAGAGGAAAAGAAUGGUAGGGGCCAGGAUCUCAUGAAAAUCCAAGGGAGAUCACCAGAGGAAAGAGGGUAGGAGGUGGAGAGGAAAGGGGGAAGUGAUGGGGACUAAUCUUGGUUGAAUUAUACUGUUAUAUAGGUAUUGGGGGCAUGUACGAAUAUGUAACAGAUCCCAUCAGUAUGUAUAACUGUAACACCAAUUUAAAAAUGUAGAACAAAAAUAAAACAAAAGUAUAAGAAAUUAAAAUGUCAGUAUUGAUGACCAGAAAUCAAUAUCUUUGGCAACUAUUUAAGAUGAAACAUUUUAGAUAUCAACCUAAAAAAUAUAAGUGUAAGAUCAGGCAAGGCAGGCAGUGACCAAAGGAGGCAGAUUUAAAAAGUCCACCCAAGGAGACUUUAUUGAGAUAUCACUCCCGUGAGGAACUCAUCAGACCGACAGAGUAGAUAGGAGAAGGGUCUGAGGAGAAACUAUGUGGGAGCUUGACUGGACUGGAAUUUUAUGGGGGCUUAGGCAGGAAGGGAAAGGCUUGGGACAGGAAAAGGUGUUUUUAGGUCCCUUGUCCCACUGGAGUUGGUCAGGGGAGCUGGCUGAACUCCAGGAUUGGCCAGGAGGUCUUGAUGAUUGACAGGCAUUUCUGUCAGUGCCUGAUUGAUUUCUUUUCCAUGCUGCCUGCUUUGUUAUAAGUCACCUCCACCCACCUAACAAUAAGAAGGAACACAUAGUUUUUGAAAAUUCUUUUUGUCUAUAUGAGAAUUAAAAAGUGUGAAGAGCACCACCAGAUUAAGAAGAAAUACCUUGGCCCCUGAGUCAUGGAGGAUGGGUGCCCAGGAAGAUGGCAAGUAGCUAAACAGGCAGCCUCGAGAAAACUGGGGUAGACCCAGGGGCCAACAGGCCAACUUCGAGUCCUUUCCUCUCCCAGAGCCUUCCCAAAUCCUGGGUCUUGGGAUUUGCUGGAUCAGCCUCAGGGUAAAAUGCCAUGGAGACAGGGGAGGAGGAGCCCAGAGAAAGUCCUGCAGGCACAGAAGCGGGUAUGGUACCCACAGUGAAUUUCUCUGGCUUCCCCAGGGAGAGUGUUAGUCCUUAGGCUGUCCAGACCAUGAAUCACUGAAGCCAGAUUUAAAGAUAGGUAGUUAGUGUAGUUACAGGUCUAAUAUCAAGUAAUGAAUGAAGGCCAUAUUAAGAAUGGAGUCCAGGAAAAGGAGAAUUGAAAAUGUUCUCAAGGAAAUGUUAAUGAAGCAGCUGUCCCUGGCCAGAUUACACCUUUGGCCUACCUGUCUCCCACCCUUUGGGCCUUCCCCACCUACAUUCCAUCACUACAAGAUACAAAAAUGCAAGUGACAGGAAUGCAGGAAAUCUAAAAAUAAACCUUAGCUAUAAAAAAAGGGAAGAACUUCCCCUUCCAUGGAUUUCAUCUCUUGAGUCCCCUUCUUCCUCUGGGGAGAAGUCUUUUCUGCUGUCCUUAAUAAAGCUUCUACUUUCCACUCUACACUUGCCUCGGCAUGCUUCUCUGGUGUUAUACUUCAGCAUUGGGGAAGCAAGGACUCCUCACUGGUAAACAGCGGUAACAUCACCACUGAGCUACCGGGCCACCAAGCUAGGUCUUGGAACUAGAGAAACUACUGCCUCAAGGUGACUCAGCAGAACUUCACGGUGUAAUGCAGGUUGCUUAAGAUGAACAAACAGACAGCCCAGAACAAAGUCCCUCCCUGACCUGGGCCUGCUGCAGCAGGUUGCACCUAUAUCAGGAGGUGAGGCCCAGGCACCCCGGUUCUAGGAGGGAAACACUCUUGGCAGGAUGGCUUCAGAUAGAAUGCUAGCUGUGUACUUCGACAACCCUGGGGGACCAGAAAAUCUCUACAUAAAGGAGGUGCCCAAACCGAUCCCUGGGGAGGGUGAAGUCCUUCUGAAGGUGGCUGUCAGUGCCCUGAACCGCGCGGACUUACUCCAGAGACAGGGCCAGUAUCACCCACCCCCAGGAGCCAGCAGCAUUUUGGGACUUGAGGCAUCAGGACAUGUGUCAGAGCUGGGGCCUGGCUGCCAGGGGCACUGGAAGAUUGGGGACUCAGCCAUGGCUCUGCUGCCUGGUGGGGGCCAGGCUCAGUAUGUCACUGUCCCUGAAGAACUCCUGAUGAGCAUCCCAGAGGGACUGACCCUGCACCAGGCUGCUGCCAUCCCAGAAGUUUGGCUCACCUCCUUCCAGCUGUUACAUCUUUUGGGAAAUGUACAGGCUGGAGAAACUGUGCUAAUCCACGCAGGGGCAAGUUCUGUGGGCAUAGCUGCCAUCCAACUCACCCGGAUGGCUGGCGCUAUUCCUCUGGUCACAGCUGGAUCCCAGAACAAGCUUCAAAUGGCAGAAAAGCUUGGAGCAGCUGCUGGAUUCAAUUACAAAGAACAGGAUUUUUGUGAAGCAACACUGAAAUUUACCAAAGGUGCUGGAGUGAACCUUAUUCUGGACUGCAUAGGUGGAUCCUACUGGGAGAAAAAUGUCAACUGCCUGGCUCUUGAUGGUCGAUGGAUUCUCUAUGGUCUGUUGGGAGGAGAAGAUGUCAAUGGGCCCCUGUUUUCAAAGCUAUUUUAUAAACGAGGAAGUCUGAUCACUAGUCGGUUGAGAAAUAGGGACAAGAAGUACAAGCAAAUGCUGGUGAAAGCGUUCACAGAGCAAAUUCUGCCCCAUUUCUCCAAGGAGGGACCCCAACGUCUCCUGCCAGUGCUGGACAGAGUCUACCCAAUGGCUGAAAUCCAAGCCGCCCAUAAGUACAUGGAGGCUAACAGGAACGUGGGCAAAAUCGUCCUGGAAUUGCCCCAGUGAAGAAGGGGGCGAUGCAGGACACCCGUCACCCCGGGCUUUCCCAGAGUGAACUUGGAGAGGGUGCUCCUCUCAAGUCCUCCUCGUCAACUGAUCGUGUAAAGCUGGUCUAAGUAAAUAAAGAGUGGACUUGAAGGGUGGCGUACUCACUAUAGGCAGCCACAGCUCACGGGCUGUGGCAGGAGUGAGGGGGGGGGCGUUCAGGCCCGUCACUUGAUGCUGGACUGAGGCCCACACCACCGCUGGGGUGCCGGGUACGGUUACAGCUUAACCACGACACACACAGCCAGAACUACACACUUGACUUCGCGCACUGCUGAAGGGCCACGUCCGCUCCCGAGUCCCCUGCGCUCGGCUGUACUCCGACUACUCAACCAGGGCCUUGUCCUACCUAGCCUUCGCUGCCCAGACCCCGCCCCUCCGACCGGCCCCUUGCUACACAGAGCUGUCCCGGCCAGAACCCCGCCCCUCGUAGAGCACAAGCCCCGCCCUUUCCGGCUCAUAACCCGGAAAUGUCUUGGGCGCUCUCAUUUUUACCUUCCGGUCUGUCUUGGAUCUCAAGCUAGAUUGAUACUGGGAGAGUGGGAUGCUGCGUCAGCACGUCUCGGCGUGAGGCUGUUGUAUUCCGGCAGUGCUGUAACAGCUUCCGGCGGGAUCUGGGUGUUAACACUUUACCUCAGAAGCCGUGUUGCGCUCGAAGGCAAACGCAUUCCGGAGAGGUCCGGAGGAAUUCUGUGUUUGCUGCGGUAACCUCUUCAGCCCGCCAAGAUGGCGAUGCAAGCGGCCAAGAGAGCGAACGGGGAAUACACCUGAGACCAGAGGAACAGCCUAUGUGGUCUAUGAAGAUAUCUUUGAUGCCAAGAAUGCAUGUGACCACCUAUCAGGAUUCAAUGUUUGUAACAGAUACCUCGUGGUUUUAUACUAUAAUGCUAACAGGGCAUUUCAGAAAAUGGACACCAAAAAGAAGGAGGAACAGUUGAAGCUUCUCAAGGAAAAAUAUGGCAUCAAUACAGAUCCACCAAAAUAAGUGUUAUCUGCAUUUUCACUUUGGACUAAAACCUUUUUUUUUUCCUUUUAAUUCUGAUUAUUGUGAUUUCUCAUUUGAGAUUCAAAAUUAUUUGCUUGAAACUUUGAUAUAUACUAGAAUACGUUUAUAAACUUGAAGUGUUUUGUAAAACAUGUCAUUGUUUCCUUUUGAACUUUUCCCUUCUGUUUGAUAUCAGGGAAAAACCAAAAAGUUGACCUACAGGAAAGAUUGUGCGUGGGCCUAUGGACUCUUGAGUUUCUUAAGAGCAGGGACCUUUUUAUAUUAUUAGUGCUCACAGUGUCCAGUCUAGUGAUUAGUCAUUAAAAGAAUUUGUUGUAA